UGUAUCUAACGCGUGAAGAGGAAAAUACCGUGAUCUACUUCAAGCCCCCGGGCCUAAGCCCGGUGGCUCUCCGCCGUCUACCUAUUGAUCUCUGGGGCCGGUUUCACUAAAGUAGUUUAGACUGGUCUUUGGGGUAAGAUGGGUCUUAAGUUAAUUUAUAGACCAGUCUUAUGCAAGUAAGUCAGUUUCACAAAAGUUAAGACCAACUAAUUGUAGACUUAAAAAGUUAGCCACCUCACCCCCAGACUAACAUAGGUCUAAAGUGCUAUGUAACCAUGGUAACCAAAAGUCUGUUAAAGUCAACGUUACAGUGCUAAGAGAAAAAAAGAGAGAUGGCACAUAAUUUGUGGUUUGCUGAUGAAAUUAUGGCGAGAGCUGUUAGGCGAGAAAGAAUAUUCAGGGAUCGCAAUAACCCGCUGGAAAUGUAUAACCAAGAUGAAUUUAUCAAUCGGUUUCGUUUGCCCAAAGAAGCCAUCCUUAGGCUGACCGAUGACUUGUCAGACUCACUGGGGCCUACAACAGCAAGGAGUCACAGCAUUCCAGCUCUGCUACAGGUUUGCACUGCAGUAAGAUUUUAUGCAACAGGCAGUUUUUUAAAUACUGUUGGUGAUACUCUGGGUUUAAGCAAAGCCUCUGUGUCCCGAGUGGUGCACAGGGUGUCAAGUACCCUCUCAGAUAAGCUUCCAAAAUUCCCAACACAACCUGCAGAGUUGAACAGCAUUAAGAGGGGAUUCUUCAAUGUUGCAAGGUUCCCCAACGUAAUAGGGGCCAUUGACGGGACACAUGUCCGAAUCCAGGCACAAUCGGACCAUGAACAUUUGUUUGUGAACAGGAAGGGAUAUCACAGCCUCAACAUUCAAGCUGUUUGCGAUUCAAACCUAAAGUUUCUUAAUUGUGUGGCCCGCUGGCCUGGAUCGUGUCAUGAUUCCAGAGUCCUACAAAAUUCUCAGCUUUACCAGGCAUUCGAGGAUGGCAUUAUUGAUGGAAUCUUGUUGGGUGAUUCUGGAUACCCGCUGAAGCCAUGGCUCCUUACUCCCUUCUUGAAUCCUACCACACCAGCACAGAGGAAUUACAAUGCAGCUCACUGUUCUACUCGAAACACAGUUGAGAGGGCAUUUGGGGUUCUCAAAAGGCGGUUCCACUGUCUCCAUGGGGAACUGAGGAUGAUACCUCAGAGAGUGUGCAACAUUGUCUGUUCGGCUGUUGUUCUACACAACAUUGCAAGGUAGGCCUACCUAACCAAACAUAACAUUUUCAGACACUGGCCUUCCAUAAACAUACUUAACUAACCACACAAAAGCCAAUCAUUUUUGUUUGAUUUGUCAUUUAUAAGGGAUCUCAAGCUACCUGAUCCUGAAGAAGAGGUUGAGAGUUGAUGAACACAAUAGAGAAGAAGAUAACAGAGAAGAUGAAGAGAACCAGCAAGGAGCUGGUCGAUUUGUUCGUCAAAUGUAUGUUGAGAGGAUCUUCAAUGCACGAUACUGAUAUAACUAAAAACUUAAUGAACAACCGUUUAUGUCAUUAUUCAGUUGCUCGAUUUCCUUUAUUUAUUUCUGUUACAAAUGUUAUUAAAUACAAGCACAUAAAGAGUGCAUCGUUUUUUUUUUUUUGUUCAUUUUAGUUUUAAGGCUGUGAAGUGCAAAAAAUAAAUAAACAACAGUAACAACAGCAUUUCAUAAGUAUUUGUUCAAUAAAUAUCCGUAUAAAUAUAUUCUACAUUGUAUUCUGUGUAUCUGUGUAAUUCAUAAAUAGAAAUAGAAAAUCACUCCUCCAACCGCCUCAGCCUCUGCAAUUGUCCAUGGAGGUGUUCUUUUUGAAGCUGUAGGACUUCAACCUCCAGAAGGAGUUUUUUCUCUUCAAGCAGCAGAUUUGAAUACUGCUUUUCAAGGACCAUGGACAUGGUAGCCUUAAUAGUUGAUGAUCUCGGAUGCUGUUCCUCCUCCUCCUCCACCACCAUGAUCUCGCCAGGGGUCAUGGAUGCUAAAAAAAGGCAUCAGACCAAUGUUUUAAUGAACAAGUAGAAAUUGCAGGAAGGUUUUCCCAUCUCACACAAGCUACUUCUCGUCUUGCACUAUGAUCACUAGCGUCCCUCUGCACAUUUAUAUCACUGUCAGUGACAUAUAUGGCCAGAAAACGUUUGCCUGUAAAUAAUUUCUUAAACAGUUAAUCAGUAAUAGCUUACAAAUAUCACUUCUUGUGGAGACCGUUUGCAAUGAACCGAAGUUUGUUUACUUUGAUGAAUAUGCUAAUCGGUCUCUAUGGAGACUCCCCUAUAAGCUAGCGUUCAGCUAACGUAGUUUCUAUCACACAGUUAAACAUGUAGCCUAAUGUUAAGUGAUGUUUUUAGAUCGUUGUUAUGCGAUAAGAUUACUAAAAUGCAUUCUUUACGUCUGCUGAGUAA